UCAAGCUCUUUAAAUCUUUAGAAACUAGCAAAUCAAGAUAGAAGAUAGUGUUCUCAAUUUCAAAUAUGGCUUCUUCUUCUUCUUCAUCUUCAUCUACUAUUACUUGGGUGUAUGAUGUUUUCUUGAGUUUUAGAGGAGAGACACGAAAAUCUUUUACUGAUCAUCUUUAUGAAGAUUUACGUCGGGCUGGAGUUAACAUCUUUCGGGACAAUGAAGAAAUCCGAAAAGGUGAGAACAUCUCUGAUGAGCUAUUGAAGGCUAUCGAGGGGUCCAAGAUAUCCAUCAUCGUGUUUUCCAAAACUUAUGCCCAAUCCACAUGGUGCCUUGAUGAACUGGUGAAGAUUCUAGACUGUAAGAAAAAUUAUCAGCAGAUGGUUCUGCCUAUAUUCUACAAUGUUGAUCCUUCAGAAGUUCGUAAACAAACAGGCGAAUUUGGUAAGGCAUUGACUCAACAUCGACAACAAUUUGAUGAUCGAAAAAUUGAUGAGUGGAAAGUUGCCCUCACUACUGUUGCUGAUUUGUCCGGAUGGGAUUUGAAAAUGAUGACAAACGGGUGAUCCUUUUUUCAAUUUUUGAUUUUUUUUAAUGUAAUAGUAUGAUAUAUUUGUUACAAUUUGGCUCACAAACUCAUAUUGCCAAUAAUAUUAAUAAUGUUAGUUUUGCUAAUUAAUAAUAUAAUUGCGUUCUAGCAUCUGUACAUGCAUCUGAUCUUUACGGAUGGAGUAAUAUUUUUGGUAAAA